CCAAAACAAAACUCAAAAGUUGGCGGUUCUUCGCAGAUGACCGUGUUGUUUCUAAUUUUCAACAAGUAUUUUCAAGUUAUUUUAAUUGCGUACUCAUUUUAAGUUGCUGAAAAGUGUUAACAAACCUUCCCGAGCCCACAAUGAGCGAAUCCCCCGGUUCGGACCAGCGCAGCAAGCGGCGCAAGAUCGACAAACAUGGUCGGUUCGCGGCGCUGGAGCGCCUGCGGGCGGCAAAGGCCACCGGCGUCAAGAAUACCUAUGAGGUUGGGGAGAUCCAAAAUGUGUACGACGAGGUCGAUGAAAGCGAGUACGCCCGGAUCAUGAACGAGCGGGCGCGGGAGGAUUUCGUGGACGAUGACGAUGGGAGCGGGUACGGGUACGUGGAGAACGGCCGCGAGGUGUUUGACGAGGACGAGGAGGCAGAGAUUGAGGGGGGAAGGGGGAAGCAGGAUGUUAAGGGUGGGAAGAAGGGGAGUAAGAAGAGGGCGCGGGAGGAGCCGGCUGCGCCGGCGGUUGGCCGGAAGUCGUUGAAGAACUACUUUAACAAGGAGCGCGAGUCGAAGGUGAAGAUUGCGGACGACGAUAUUCUGGCGGAUAUUUUGGGCGAGAUCAAGUCGGAGUCGACGGCGUCGGGGAGUGGCGCGGCGACGUCGACGUCGGAGAGGCGGGAGAUUCGGCCGAUGAAGAUGGUGGUGCCGGCGCGGGCGAAGCCCGUGGACAAGGACGAGGAGAUGCGCAAGUACAUGGAGAACUUUAGCAAGAACAUUAAGAAGCCGGAGCGCGUUGAGGAGCGGGACAGCGACGAAGAGAUGCUGGAUCGCGUGCUGAAGCAGAGUUCCGUUGAUAAUCCGAGGGCGAAGGUGGCGGCGGCGACUGCGACGGUAGUCGCGAAGGUCAAGGAGGAACCACCUGCGGUGGUGAUGGCGGAGGUCAAGCAGGAGAUUUCCGAGGCGGAUUUGUCCCAUCUGGAGAAUGACUUUUUGGACGACGAUUUUGACCUGCCGGCGGAGCCGGAAACGCAGCCAACGCAAAAGGUUCCGAUGAGUCAGGUUGGGCAGCAGCAGCAGGUGACGGAGAAGCUGCUCAGCGGGUGGGACAACAUCUGUCUGGCGGAGCUGGAGGAGGAGAUGCCGGUUCCGGACGCGAUGGACACGAGCAUCUCGGAGGAGAGCACGGAGACGAUGCGGUUCUGGUUCUGGGACGCGUGGACCGAUCCGGCCAAGUGCCAGGGCGAGAUUUACAUCUUUGGCAAGGUGGCCACGAAGAAGCCGGGCGAGUUUCAGUCGGUUUGCGUGCACGUGCUGAACGUGGACCGGUGCAUGCAGCUGUUGCCGCGGGAGAAGGAGCUGGAGACGGACGAACCGGUCACGAUGCUGAGCGUGUACAAUGAGUUCCGGGACGACAUCAGCACCAGGUUGAAGGUGACGAAUUACAAAACGAAGAAGGUGCGGAAGAACUUUGCCUACACGAGUGGAAUGGCCGAGUUGGAAGUUCCGGCGGAGAGUGACUAUUUGGAGGUGCGCUACAGCGCGAAGCUUCCGGCGCCGACUCUGGACCGGAAGUACCGCACGAUCGCGCACAUCUUCGGCACCAACACGAACAUCGUGGAGCAGUUCCUGCUCGAGCGGAAGGUCAAAGGCCCGUGCUGGAUGGAGAUUAAAAACUUCAAGAAGAAUCCGGCCCCGUCCAGUUACUGUAAGCAGGAGUUCACCGUUCCGGACAUCGGCAGCAUCAGCGUGGUCACGCAGGCCGCGACCACCGCACCUCCUCCACCUCUCGUAAUCUGCGCCAUCAACGUGCGCAGCAUCCUGAACAAGGGAAACAACGAAAUCGCCAUGAUUUCGAUGCUGACCCACGAUCGAUUCCCGCUGAACCGCGCCGCCCCGAAUCCCCCAUUUACGAAGGCCUUUUGCGGCGUUGCGCGCCCUUCCGGCACCAGUUGGCCGUACGAUUUCAACCCGGCCGAGAAGAAGCGCACCAAGGUGACCAAGUGCGAAAACGAGCGCACGCUGCUGAACUGGUUCCUGUCCAUGUACGGGAACAUCGAUCCGGAUCUGGUCGUUACGCACGACGCGUACGACUUCCAGCUGGACCUGAUCUGCCAGCGGUUGAUGGCGAUGAAGAUUCCGCAGUGGGCGCGGGUCAGCCGGCUGAAGAUGAAGACGCCGUCGACGAGGCGCGUUGAUGACUUCUUCGUUGGGCGGUUGAUCUGCGACGUGAAGACCUCGGCCGAGGAGUUGAUCAAGUCGCGCAGUUACGAUCUGAACACGCUCUGCGCGGAGGUGUUGAAGGUUCAGGACGGCGAGCGGAAGGACGUGCUGCUGGAGGACAUUCCGGCGAUGUUUGAAAAGUCCGCCGAACUCGGCCAGUUGAUCGACCUCACGAUGCAGGACAAUUUCUACACGAUGCGGCUGUUGUGCGAGAUGAACGUGCUUCCGUUGGCGCUGCAGAUCACGCAGAUUGCCGGAAACCUGAUGAACCGGACGCUGCACGGAGGUCGCGCCGAGCGGAACGAGUUCCUGCUGCUGCACGCGUUCAACGAGAAGGACUACAUCCUGCCGGACAAGGUGCAGACCAAGAUGGGCGCCACGCAGGAGGCCGGCGAACCGGCGGAACGUCGCAAGCCCAAGAGCAAGGCCGCCUACUCCGGAGGUCUCGUCCUCGAUCCGAUCAAGGGCUUCUACGACAAGUUCAUCCUGUUGAUGGACUUCAACUCGCUGUACCCGAGCAUCAUCCAGGAGUACAAUAUCUGCUUCACGACGGUUCCACCGCCGCCCCCAGGCGAAGAAACCCCGACCAUCCUCCAGACCGAAGAAAUGGGCAUUCUCCCUAGGCAGGUUCGCAAGCUGGUCGAAAGUCGCCGAGCCGUCAAGCAACUCAUGAAGGCACCCGGCCUCGAACCCGAACAGAUGAUGCAGUACAACAUCCGCCAGAUGGCCCUCAAACUAACCGCCAACUCCCUUUACGGUUGCCUCGGCUACACCCGGUCCCGCUUCUACGCCCAGCACAUGGCCGCACUCAUCACCCAAAAAGGUCGCGAAAUCCUCAUGAACACCAAGAGCAUCGUCGAGAAGAUGGACUACCAAGUCAUCUACGGCGACACGGACAGCAUCAUGAUCAACACCAACAUCGUCGACUACGACCAGGUCUUCAAAAUCGGCGCCAGCAUCAAACAGUUCGUCAACCGAACCUACAAGUGCCUCGAACUCGACGUCGACGGCAUCUACAAGUACCUCCUCCUCCUGAAAAAGAAAAAAUACGCCGCCGUCUCCAUCACCAAAUCCGGAAACGAGUUCAAAUGCACCCAAGAACUCAAAGGUCUCGACAUCGUCCGUCGCGACUGGUCCAAACUGGCCGUCAUCGCCGGCAACUUUGUCCUCGCCGAAAUCCUCUCCGACAAACCCAUGGACGAACGCAUCGAAAACAUCCACGCCAAACUCGAAAAGCUCAAAACCGACCUCCUCACCGGCGCAACCUACCCCUCCCUCCUCGACAUCACCAAACAGCUAACCCGCGCCCUCAACGAGUACUCCGACUCCUCCCAGCUUCCCCACGUCACCGUCGCCAUGCGCAUGAACAAAACCCGCAACCGCAACUUCAAACGCGGCGACAUGGUCGGCUACAUCAUCUGCGACGACGGAACGUCCUCCCCGGCCAUGAAGCGCGCCUACCACAUCGACGAACUCAAAGACCCCGCCAACAAGGACAAACUCAAACCGGACGUCGACUACUACCUCGCCCAGCAGGUCUUCCCCGUCGUGUUCCGCAUCUGCGAACCCCUCGAGGGAACCGACGCCUGCCGACUCGCGCUCGCCCUCGGCCUCGACCCCAAAAAGUUCCAAGCCCUGGGCGCAACCUCCCGCGACGGUUACGAUCGCGAUCACGCCGAGGGCGAAGCCGUCCAGAAAACGAUCGCGCAAAAGUACCGGAUGUGUCACCGGUUCGAGUUCAAGUGUGUCGCCUGCGGCAGCAACAACCCCGUGGCGGCUGGAUUCCGCAAGGACGGGGGCAAGCAGCGGAGCGUGUUUGAGCGGUGCGCGAACGAAAAGUGUGAGGUGCGGCCGCUGCACUACCUGCCGGCGAUCAAGAAUCAGCUCACGCUGGCAAUCCGGGGGGACAUUAAGCGGUUCUACGAGCGGUGGAUGGUUUGUGACAAUCCGAUUUGUGGCGUCAACACGAGGCUGUCGUCGCAGGUCGCCACCAAGAACAACCCAAACUGUCUGAACUGCCUCAAGGGGCUGCUCGUCCAACAGUACUCGGAGACCGAUCUGUACCUGCAGCUGAACUAUUACAACUACAUCUUUGACCUGAGCCACUACAGCAGCAAAUUCACCCGCACGCUCCCCCUGGACAUCCGCGAGGCGCACGACAAGCUGCGGGAAAUGGUCCGCCAGUUCCUGGUCAAGUCCAAGUACGCCACCGUCCGGAUGUCCACGCUGUACAUGAACUACGCGAUCAACGAUGCCACCGGCCAGAAGGUGAACGCCGUGAAGGCAUUCGCGGAAGUGGCCGCCACCAAGGUCGGAGGAGGAGGAGAGGUCAAGGUGAAGAGGGAAGGUAAAAUGGGAGCGCCGGCGGCGUCCAAGAAGAGGCACUUUCCCUUUGGGAAGUUUCUGAAUCGCAAGUAGAUUUGUUUGGGUUGUUUUAUUGUGUACGCCUUUUUUAUAUAUUUGUAAUGAAAAGGUUUAGCCGUAUGAGAUGA